CGACAACACAACUAACAGCGGUAAUUACGACUUUGGCUUGCCUGGUGUACAAUUAACUUCAAGUCGACUGUUAUUGGGGUUUAACAUUAACCACCGGUCUCGCGCCUUUGAAAAUGAAUUUGUGCAGAUCAAAAGAUAACCAAGAAGGUAUUGUAUGAUUGUUCGUCUAUAGUUUUAAGUCCUUCAUCGUGUGAACGGUCAGGAUGUGCUAUUUCUCUGCAGCAGCUGUUUCCAGUUUCCCUAACAACCGAAGGUUAGUUCGCGACAAUGUCGAUGGGAUAAGUUAAGGCGAAGUUUGUUAUAUACACGUACUUUCCGUUUCGAGCAAAAGGAAGUAUUUUGGCCCUGAUAUAAUUUUUUAGAAUAUUUAGUAUUAAAGGCGUGCUUUAAAAAGGGAUCUCAUCAUUCUAAAACAAAUACGCGAGGUACCUAUGAAAUACAAUUAUUUGAUUUUGCAAGAGAGAGAGCGGUCGUCUCCAUAUUAAUAUAUUUAUGAAAGGAAAGAAAACCGAUUGGAAAGUUUAUUGAAAAAAUAAAAAAAUAGAAAAAAAAACACUAAAAGCUUGGGUAUGAUAUCUUACUAGACGGAGUGGUAGUAUCGAAUGAAUUAAUCCUGGCUGGCUUACUUUUACAUGCUACUUAUUGUUGGAUUAACGCUGAUUUUACGAGAUGGAUUAUACGUCUUUACACAUUAUCUUGUUCUAUUGUUAGCGUCUUUUUAUUUGAAAAUUUGGGUAAAAUCAUUUACAUAUGCAUUGUUGUAGAUAAUGUUUUGAAAAUUGCAAAUCUGUCUGUGUGAUUUUUUUCCCUAAACUGUGGGCAUGUAUGUUACAAUUUUUUUAAAUCGAUGAAGAUUAAGUUUCUGUGCAUGAAUAAUAUUUUGCUUUCAUUUUCCCUUGAGCCACUUUAUUUGGUUUAGGUUUUGUUAAUAAAUGUUUUACAUAUAUACUAUUUUCAACAAGUAUUAGAGGUUUAAUAUGUGAUGCCCUUUCAUGUGAUCUCAGUUAACCUAAGUUGGAUUUGCUAGCAUAAUUUAACCUUGCUAAAAUCCUCAUGCAUGCAUAUCAUAUGGCAGUGUUGAUUCUGAUUGCAAAAAUCCAUGGGCUAGAAAAUUUAUCAUUAAUUUGGAGCAUCUGGCCUGGUUAUGGCGAUAAAAUAUGCAAUAAAUUGUAUCUGAAUUUAUUAUGCAAAUUGUUUUUAAUUAAUGAAACAAGGACACAAUCCAAAUUAAAGAUGAGUGUUUUUCCAUAGUUUCAUUAAAGUGUUCAGCUCGUUUAGUAUAGCUUUUUAGUUUAUGAGACUCCUAGAAUUCUCAAGAGAUCUUUGGCUUUUUGUUUUGAGGAAAUAAUUAUUUUAGGGUUCAUUGGCAUUGAUAAAUUAGUGGUUAACCUAUUUAUUAUCCAACUGCACUCAGAGGAGUACAAAUAAUGCAGAGUUGAGUACAAAUAUCCUGCGAUUUGGGACAGUUGGUUAUUUUAUACAAUGAAAAAAAACGUGUUUUACCAUUUGGCUGGACGUGCUAUCCUGUUCUAUCUACUGCCUUCCCAUCAAAAUACAGCACAACUUGUAAAAAUACUUAGCCAUACUACAUAUGAAGAUGUCUAAUAAGAUACAUUUAUCAUUUCAGCCAAGGAGAGGCAGUUGAGGACAAAUGACCAUGAGUAUAAUGCGCAAUUCCAAUAUGUCAACAAUUAUAUCAGGACAUCGAAAUACAGUAUUCUCACCUUUCUUCCCCUCAACUUAUUUGAGCAAUUCCGCAGGGUUGCUAAUCUUUAUUUCAUUAUGCAGAUCAUUAUCAUGGUGAGUAAAAUUACAAUUUUUUGAAUUUUCUACUUUUGAAGUAUAUUUUGAAAACAAUUAUCUUUAUUAAUUACUAGCUUUGGGCUACCAACUAAUAAUGUUGUGGAUGGCAUUUAACUGUAACCAAGAUCUGAGUGCUGGGCUUCCAGAAAACUGUUGAACUAGUAAUAGGCAGAGUGGGAAGGAGAAGAAAGGAUUAAUGUCAAUUAUAAGGUUCAGUGUUUCUGGAGUGAAAGACAUGCGUUACUUCUUAGAAAAGAUUUAAAAUGAGCACUGUGUUUUGAGGCCACUUAUCUGUGCUAAAUGUUAUCUCUCAAUGGAGAUGAGUGAGAAAAUAGCAAAGUUUAGAAUUGGUUUGGACCUGCUCAUGCAGCUUUUUCAUUCAUCACCUCAGACUGAGGCCCUGGAGGAGGCCUGGAGACUUCGUAGUCAUCAGCUGCUUGAUUACUUGUGAAUUUUAAUGUAUACACCUGUACCCUUUCAGUCAGAGUUACCAGGUUAAUGUACAAUGUACCAAGUUGACUCUUGUUAUUGCAGACACCCUAGGGGGGGAUUCAUUGUCUGAUUUGGACAAACUACUGUUUAAACGCUGUAGCAAGAGGAAAAACAAGUGAAAAGUAGAGCUGGGGGUAUGAAAGUGUUCAUAUUACAGAAUAGGGAGAGUCUGUAAUAUUUGAAGUUAAUUUCAGUAAUUUUUUUUUGUUGCAUUUUGCUGGGAGGCCUAGGCUCUUGUCUGCAAUAUAAUUAUUUUUCCUGACACAUAAUGUUAUUUUUGUUCUUUUCUGGUAAAUAAAAGUACUUUUUUUUCCUAGUCUAUCCCAAAAAUCACUGCAUUGAGUCCAGAAGCUACAGCUGUACCUCUCAUUUGUGUUUUGGCAGCAACAGGAGUAAAAGAUGGUGCAGAUGACAUUGUAAGUUCCCUUUGUAAUUCACUCUUUACAUCCAGCAUCAUGUACAAUGUCUAUUCUCCACACUAUUCUCUAUACUUUUCCUAAGGUGCUGACAAGGAGAAUUUGUGUUAAACAAUUAAGAGCUUUUUUAGUUGGUGAUUAUUUCCUUUUUCUCUUGACCUCAGCAUGUGAUCAAGGGGUGAUAUGUUAGGAGAAAUUAGAUGCUAGUCACUCUCUAGUGUUAGGAUUCAAAGGGUUGAGUGAUUUUUCCUUUAAUUUUUUUCCAUUGGUAGAAGUACAAAAUGGGCGGUGAUAAUUAUUAUUUUGAUCAUAUGGGUAUGACCAAAGAAUUCUUUGCAUGACGUGUUAAAACAAGUUUGGGAACAAUUUGAUUGGUAGUGUAUGUGACGCAACUUCUAAGAGCAUGCAAACUCUCAAUGGAAUGUCAAGAGUAUAGCCAACUGACAUGUCUAAAUUUGCACAUUACAGAAACGGCAUAAAAGUGACAAAGCAGUUAAUAACAGAAAAGCAAAGGUUCUCACUGACAGUGGGUAAGUUACAUCAUGAUGAAUACUUUCUGUGAAACAAUGAAUUCAUCACUAUGAUCAUAAUGUAUUGAAAUACCUGCAACUGAUUUGCUCUUGGUAAAAAAUCACAGGCUUGUUAAUUCUUUGCAUCUCAAUUGCAAUAUUUUUCCAUGCUCCUCACUCAGAAUUUUGCAUGAUGAUUGCUGCAUUAGGCACUUUCAGCAUCUUCUCAGCUUGUAUCACUUAGCUGUACAAACUCAUAGUUUGUUGAUUCCUUUUUUCAAAGGCCGAAGGAAGAAAAUUGGAUGGAUCUUCAAGUUGGUCAAGUUCUUCGAAUUGACAACAAUGAGCAAAUCCCUGUGAGUUGUUUAAAGUACUAACUAGUUUUACCCAGAUUAGGCUAAGGGCAGUUGAACUUGGCAUGGUGUUGGUGUUAUGAUUUAAAAGAUUUCAAGUCUAAAAUAAAUUCAAACUAAAGUAUGAAUUCUGUUUUCCUUUGUUCAAUACCAAUUAACAUCGCAAAGUCACUGGAACAAAGGAAAUUACAGCACAAGUUAGGCUUCACUGUUUUGGUAGAAAAUGACAUGCUCACUGGUAAUCUUUAUUUUGUCUGGGGUGUUUUUUUCAAGUGUCAGUACAGUGUGAAAACGUGUGAUGUGUGAGUUUUGGAACUGGUGGAGUGAGGAGACAAUAUAGGGGUGAAGACAAAGGGAGACUUUGAAGAAUGGAUUGUAGCUGAUCCUCGAUAAAAGAGGAAAAUUAAAAGGCCAGGAAAAAAUAAUCAUUGAAAAGGGAAGAACCAACCAAUCACCAUCCCAGUUCUCAGGCCCUUCUAGUACAGUCUUCCACUUACGAUUAUGACAAUUCAGUUUUUACUGGAUUGUAAGCAGUGGAGUCAAGAGCAGCAUUGACGUUUUUCUUGCAAUACUGUCAGUUUGAUUUUCACUACAUUGUAUCCCUCUACACCUCUGAUUAUGACUUUGACUCCGUUCCAAGUGAAAACCAACCUUAAGAAUCCUUGGGAUUCAGGCCACUGGUCUGUGGCAGUAAUAUAUAUAUUUAAAAUGUGUUGAUAGUAAAUUAAUGAACAUGUUUUAUUUGACAAUGUUGGCUUCUUUGAUUUUGCUGGUUGGCAGAUUUCUUGACUCUGAUAUAAUUUUCCUGAUUCAUUAGGCUGAUGUAGUUGUGCUCACCACAAGUGAAGAGAAUGGAUUGUGUUACAUUGAGACAGCUGAGCUGGAUGGGUAAGAACAUCAAAUUUUUUUUUAAUCAUUGAUAUCUUAUGGAAAAGAAAAUUGCAGUUAACCCUUUAACUCCCUGAAGUGAUUAACAUGUAACCUCUAGAGCUGUGAUAUAUCUAUACAUUAUCCAACAAAUACAUGUGGGUGUUGCAAAUACUAAAACUUACCAGCUUAAAGUUGUUAUCUUGAUCAAACAGCAAACUCUUGUAACUAAUUUACAAGGAAAUGUAUAGCAGGUAGAGGAGAGUAUAAGCAAUCAGAUCUAGGGAGUUAAAGGGGUAAAGAGCAUGUAUAGUCAAACCUCAAUUAUCCGGACCUGUGGGGACUGGGCUAAGUAGUCCAGAUAAUCAAGAGUCUGAAUAAUUAAAAGUACAAAUAUUAAUGAGCCAAAAAUAAAUUAUGAUAUGCAACACUGCUGAUGUUUACCAAUUGAAAGUAUUUUCCAAAACAUUUUUGACAACAACAUUUUUUGAUCCAAAAUGCUGCUACAUUCUAUCAUUUUCUGAAGCUGCGAUUAUGGAAUAGCAUCAAAAUUGUUUCAGUAUGUCUGCUUUGUUUGAUGGGAAAAGUUGUUAUGGAUCUCCAAUGUGAUUAAUCUAUAAUUAUGAUAGAAGCAAGUCCAGAUUCAAGAAAAAUCUGGAUAAUUGAGGACCAACUGUAUGCAGUAACUAUAGUUAUCUCAAAGCCAAGCAGUCUUUUGAAAAUAGAUUGUCUGAUUAUCAUGAAGUCUGGAUUUCAUUUCAACUGUAUAUUUCUUCCAAGCUGUGACAGGUUUUGUCACUGUGACAAGUGAGAAAAAUUGCAGUCCAAUCUGUAUUUCAUCAUCAUGGUAACCUUCAGUCUGCUGAGUAAGCUGGUUUUACAUGUAUGUUUUCUAAUCCAAAGGGAGACCAACCUGAAGUGUCGUCAACCUCUUCCUGAAACCGGAGAGCUUGGUGAUGAUGAACAGCAACUCUCAAAAGUGCAAAGUAUGUAUUUUCCAGGUGUUUAUUUUCCUUAAAUGUGAUAUAACCUUUAAGAGCUGCACAAUAUCUCUUUUUCCUGAGAUUCCUUGCCUUUGCUAUUUUAUGUGUAAAAAUAUGUGUAAAACUUUUUUUGUCUGCGUGUAAGUUGUCCCCUGUUUCACUGUUUCCACUUAAAAAAUUCUUGAGGUAUGAACAAGCAAAAGAGGGCCAUUCAACAGCUGAAGAAAUAUGAAUGAUAAAAUUUUUGCCAUUUUAAAAAGUGGUCUUCUCAAUUUAAUGAUAACAUUUAUGUAUUUGUCUUUAGUGGAAAUUACUUGUGAUCCACCAAACAACAGGCUGGAAAAACUUCAGGGAAGGUUGAUGUAUGAUGGAAAUAAUUAUCCUCUGGACAAUGAAAAUGUCAUCUUGAGGGUAUGCUUUUUAAACGUUUCUCCUGAAAUGGAACAUUUGAUAAUAAUUUCUUCAGCUAAACUUGCAUGAGUUUAACUUUGUAUGAUGUAAGGUGGGUUCAAUCAAUUGCCCUCCUUCAGAGCACCAAUGUAAGAAUUUAUAUAUACAAUAUAUAUAAAUACCUGGUGGGGGUGCAGUGAAUGCUCAUCUAAGAAAACUUGUAAAUAUUUUAUAUUAAAUGUGGAUGGGAGUGGGGGAUAACAAAGCAGCUAAUUUAGAAACAAUCAGUACAAUUGAACAACAUGUAAAGCAUUAUUGUUUAAAUCCCCUCAUAUUGGAGGUACCUCUAGGCUGUGCUAACUUAAUUUGAGCUUUGCCAAACCUUAUUGACUGAGCUAACAUUGUCGGCCAACACUUAAUCACGUGAGGCUCAUUAAGGAACCUCUGGCUCUUAUAUCGUCAAGGCUAUCCUUUUAUCUUUGAAAAUGAUUGGUAGACAUUUUUCUUGUUUACUUUGCCAUUUUGUAAUUAUAACACAUAAGUAUAGAUAAAAGAAAUUACACAGACAUAAAAUUAUAUAACUGAAAAUUGAACGUGUGGCGAGGAGAGCUACAGAGAAACCAAGAGGUUUAUGUGAGCAUUUAUUGACUUAUAUGCUGCACUUAGGCGCAGUGCCAAGAAAUGUUAACUUAACAUAGUGUCUGGAUAUGACAUCAAAAAUUGAUAAAGUGAGGGUAAUAAUUAAUUUUUUAGUUUCGAAUUUUCUUCAAAAAUGAGCAGGAAAUCUUAUCAAACUUUUCACUUCUUUUAAUAUAUUUGCCUUUGUCAGGGCUGUGUGCUGCGCAACACCAAAUGGGUAUAUGGUGUGGUGAUAUAUGCUGGCCAUGAUACUAAACUCAUGAUGAACACUGGUAUGGAUUAAGAUUAACUCUUUCUCCCCCCUGAUCUUGAUAUCAGUUAUCUUUACUGUCUGUCAUACAUUUCCUGUAAUGACAGUUUUGAGAAUUUGGGGUUUACUGACAAACAAUGCAUUGUAGUUGAUAUUCUAUUUGAACGCCAAUUUGACAUUUGAAAAAUGAAUUACUAUUGGUUAAUCUCAGGAUUGGAAGGGUCUAGUACUUUGUAAAUGGAUUUUUUUGAUGUUCCUGUUUGAGUAGGUUUUGAUUAAUGGGAAGGCACCAACAGGGCAGCAGGCAAUUUUAAAGAAGGCACUGUCAUGAGAAUCCUAGUUGAUGACUAGUUUCAACAUGUUUUUCAUUAUGCAGCACAUUUUUUUCAGAUCUUGCAUGCAUGAAAAUCUUCUUAGAAGUAAUUGUUUACAACAAUACGAUUUCCUAACUUUACCAUGAUUUUCCCUAUAGGGGUGAGUAAAUUCAAAAGAACAGGUUUGGACAAGCUUACCAACAGUCUGAUCUUGUGGGUAAGUAUUUUAACAGAUGCCGGUAUGUUAUUUUUUAGACAGGUAGUAAUUUGAUUUAAUUUCAUUGUUGUGCAAAAAAUGUAAGUCUCUUUCAAUUUGAAAAAUGCUUUCUCGUGAAAGAUCUCGUCCCCCCGAAAAAAAAAAGAGACUCUUUUGGGAGAAUGAAUGACUGGAUUGGAUGAGCAAAGCGAAGCCUCUUUAUUAACUCCUUAAACCCCUAAGAGCGAUAAGCAUCUAAUUUCUCCCAACAAUAUCACCCCUGAAUCAAACAUUAAGGUCAUAGGAAUUAAAAAAAAUAACCACAAACUUCAGGAGCUCUUGAUUGUUUAGAAAAACUCUCCUCGCAAGUAUCUUCGGAAAUUUGUGGAGAUCGGUAGGGAGAACAUGCCUACUGAUGUUAGGGGUGUAAAUGAUUCAGCUUCCCUAUGCAAGCCAAAACAAGGGAAAAUGGACAGUAAAAUAAUCAGUGAAAUAGAUCCACAUUCAUGCACAUAUAUUUAGUGCAAUAAUAUCAUUAAUUCAAAAUAGUUCUGCCCCUUAGCUGGAAAUAAAUAAACAUCUUCCGAAAAUGUUGUACAAAUGCGGUCUUCCUUAAAUGAACUUCUCUUCGACAAUCUUAUUUCUUCUGUAGAUUGCAGCUAUGUUAGGAAUCAUUUGCACUCUCUGCUCCAUUGCAACAACGAUAUGGGAGGAAUUAUACGGAAAGGUAGGUACUCAGUAUUCCGUUUUUUUUUAUUUUAGACAUGACAAACAAUGUCGGUGAAGCUCAUAUACUCUAGAAAUGCUUCAAUUUAAUUAACGUUAUUAAAAUAUUUUACGUACGGAAGUUAGUUUAGAGCUAGUCUGCGAGGAGCCUCUCCUUUUUGCAACGAGACGUCAACGUUAUAUUUGUUCUCGAAUAUCCUAAAAAUUUGGGAUCUUUAAAGAUCGCUGACACAAAAUUUCGGUUUCACAAACAGCUUUAAGGACAACGAAAUCAUCUUCUUUAAGAGUUGUAGAGUUUUGCAGCAAUCACAAACAGAGAAUAAUUAUAGAUACGGCUGACUAUUCUGCGCACUCUCCAUUUCUGUAUUGACGUUUCUGUUCUCUUGAAAAAUUGCUCUAAAAAUGAAAACCUGUUCACUGACUAGUAGCUGACUCACCAGUUACCGCCUUGCUAAUUGGACAAACGGUAUUAUACUUUACUAAUACUGAAUUGGUUUUAAUUUUUAAAAUAAUUUAAGGAUUUCCAAGUAUAUCUACCAUGGGAGAGUUUCUAUAAGGACAGUGUUGUUAUCAUUGGCAUCGUCCACUGGCCAUCUUUUGUCAUGGUUUUGAACACACUCAUUCCUAUUUCACUGUAUAUCAGGUAAGGUUUCUGGGUAUCUUAGUGAUGAGGGUAGUUUAAAGCAAAACAAGCUUGCCCUGAUAAAUUGAAGGUUAUGAAAGCUCAAGAUGGGAGGCCAUUAGCUCACUUUUUUAGUUUUUGUUUUUUACCAGAGAACGCUUUUGAUCCUAGUUGCUCUUGUAUUUUUGACAGAAUAAAGUCUUUUAAAGACACACUUUUCAGUGCAUAUUUUUAUCUGCGGGGUGAAUAGGAGUGGCGUAGAGGCGAGAGUACUUGCUUCCAACGCUUGGGCCUGGGUUCUAUUUUCAGUGCUGAUGUCACGUCGUAUAGAUUUAGUCUGACGUUGGUUUUCUUUCUUGAGCAAAAGCUUUCUCUUGGGUUCUCUGGCUUAUCUUUGUAAAAGAACCAACACUCCUCUUCUUCUGCCAAGGACCGCGCAGAGGGAGGGCGAGGGAGGAGGGGGGGGGCUUCGGACCCUCACCUUUUUCGAAGAAAAACUUGUCCUGCUUAGUAUGCUCCCAUCCCCCUGCCUUGUUGACUGAAGCUUAUGCGUUCGUCAUUAGUCCUCCCCCCGCCCUCCUCAACUCAAACAUUUGCUGCUAGGGCCCUAAGAGCAACCGUGUAGAUCGAAGACUGCCAAUAUCCUUUCCAUUUGAUUUAAUUUUUGAAUCGAUAAAAAUGUACAGUAACAUGAAUGAUCAAUGGUUUUUUUGUAUACCAAUGAUUUUAUCAUUAGUAUCGCCCUAAUUAAUUUUUAUUUGUGUUAGUGUGGAAGUGAUUCGCCUCGGUCAAAGUUUAUGGAUCAAUUGGGACUGCAGUAUGUAUUACGAGAUCAAGGACACUCCAGCUGUGGCAAGGUAUACUGUGAAAAUGGAGCGCUUUGAAAUUAAGUUUCGUAAAACUGAAACCUAAGUCAUUACAAGAGCUAAUCAAAAGAACGAAGAUUAUCACAGGGCUCAAUUAAAAACAAACAAGUGGCGCGGGUAUAUUGGACCAAUCACAGAGCCACGAAGGCAAAACCGUAACAAUCCCGGAUUUACUUUAGAAGCCCAUUUUAGAAUUGUCCGAUAUCAAAGUGAACAAGUAUAGCCGCUCCUUUGAAACAUGUUGCGAUAAUGGGACUCAGUAGACUCCAACGUUCUGUCUCUCUGUCGCUUGAAUCAGUAUACCAGAAGUAGGUAAAAACACUUCACGUAAUCGCUGCUGAGCGAGGUCCCUAGCAAGGUCUUUGGAUCACAGAGCGCUUGCACAUCAAUUUGCCGAUUUAUGUCAACUCGCGCGAGAGAAUAGUACCGAAAGUACAUGUAGUGUGCUGUUAGUACAGGGACUGCAUUUAUAACUAUUUUUGGUCACAAAGGGAUGUUCGUAAUGAAGGAAAAUGGUCAUAUCCCAUGCAGCAUUGUUGUAUGGUAGGACUCCAAUACUUUUUCUCACUCUAACAUUUUUUCUCUUGUGCCAUUUUGCUGCAUUUGACUGUGAAACGUAGCAGUAGAACUCAGGCCAGUCAGACCAAACCGCGAUUUUUUAGUUUUUCGAGAAAGAGGGGAAAGUUUUCUCAACUAAUCGUAAUGCAUGGUUGAAUGAAACUAGUGCAGUGACGUUUAAUUGGGUAUUCCAUUAGUGUAAUAGGUAACAUCAGCUUGUUUUUCAGCAGUAACGAAAAGUGCUGACUCCCAUCUUGCUUUUUUUCACAGAACAACCACCCUAAGUGAGGAACUUGGACAAAUUGAAUACAUCUUUUCUGAUAAGGUGAAUUUGCGCUGCAUAAGUGAAGAGUUCCAUGGCUGGUCUAUGAAACGUUUCACCACAAAAUCCCUUGCGAGGAUAAUCUGUUUUGGUACCACACUGUUUCAAUAAGGUUUGGCGUGGGAGAUUAUGUCACAGUGCAGUGUAUCCAACUGAGUGCCAAAGCCAGUGUGGCUUAUGUUGCUCCAGUGAUGUGCAACUUAUUGUUCCAAUAAGGUUUGAUAGGAGUGUUAUGCGCAGAGUUGGCAUGAUAAUUCGAUGUAAAAUCACACUUUUGAAAACGCGAAGGAAAACUUUCACCUGACUCUGAAUUCCUUCUCUUCUGAUACCCUUUUUCGCCCCACAGUUUAUUUCCUUGUUACCGCUUAAUUCAGAUCUUAUAAUGAUUCCUUUGGGAGAUUUCAUUUAAACAAUUUAAUGGAGUGUAUUGAACGUUGUUUUUACAACAGCGCAAUUGAAACCUCCCAAAGUUUUGAUUUACGAUACUGUAUGAACAUUUGUGGAGUUGUGGGCUAUUUUUUGUAUCAUUUUGACAGUAUGUUAGUGAACGACUAGAAUGUUGUCUCUUAACAUUCCAGCUUCACACCUCUGAGUGAAUCUAAUUUAUUGAGAGGAAAGCGACUGCUUUUUGAGAAUUGCUGUUCUAUAUAAACACCAGCUAGUUAAAUAAGUUGUAUAUACUCCAUGAGUAUGUUCUUUGUUCAGACAAAUUUUUUGUGUUCUGUUUAGACUGGAACACUGACGCAGAAUAUUAUGACAUUUAAGAAAUGUUCCAUAAAUGGUAGACUCUAUGGUUAGUGGAUUGUAGCUUUACUUAUAAUGUGCUGUACUUAUUUACCGAUAAUUUACCGAUGUAUUGGAUAUGCAAUGGCCUACAGGCCAGCGCAGUCGACUUCAGAUCAAGAAAUCUCGGUUCAAGCUCAGGCCGGGCUAAUUGUGUUGUGUUCUUGUGGACGACACAUCACUUCCACAAAGCCUCUCAUUAGUCAGGGUCACAAUAGGGAUUGGGGAAUUGUCAAUAACUUGCUAAUAUGCUUGUGUGGGGUGGGGGAGGGGAGGGGAGAGAGCGGGGUUACCAGCAUUGGUCCAUGUAGUCCCUCCCUCCUAGUAUUUAAUGUGUAACGCUCCAAAACCCGGAACUAAUUUUUGUCAGACGAGCCACGACGCUAAACAGAAAGUCAACAAUCAUAACUUUGUUAGAGAAAUGGAUUGAAAAAUUAAUCCCUUUUGAGGAACAAUAUUCUUUAUUCAACAACACGGUAUCGGCUAUCAUAAAUAUUUUUGUGAUUAAUAGUAACGGUAGACUACAAGUGAAAACAUUCUCUGGUUUAAAUCGACUGAAAAAUAAUGCAUAACCUAAUCACUGCUAAACCGAUAUUGAUCGUUCUGUAAUUGCGGCAGGAGAGCCUCCUGAACGAUCUUCUUCUGGCAAACGGCACCCCUCUAUGCACAUGGCGCACAACUCUUGCCAGUUUCAUAGCUGCUUCUUUGAUUGUCCACUGCACGACACUUCUCGACGUAUGUAUGACUCUGUUUAAUCGCUGAUCUGUCUUCCUGUGCGCUAACAGCUUUUGCAAAACUGGUUUACAUGGCUAAGGUUGGGUUUUCACCUAACUGCUCUGUCAAUCUUACAUUGAUCUAUCAGCGGAAAUAAUAACUUUCUCUCAGGACAAAAAAAGUAUAGUGUAUUUCUUGUGCUCUCGAUGAAAUCGUUCUUGGACACGAGUCGACCUCUCGGCUUGUUGUUGAUGAUCAGUGUUGCCCAAAGCCUGAGUGUUCACUAAAAGAAAUUUUGCAAUCCUUGCUUCUUACCCGGUAUUCGAUUAAUUGAGAUGUUUGAUUGUGACGAAGGGAGGGGAGUGGGGUACGUUGUAAAGGGGGGCGCGGCGUUGUGCACGUCAUUGAAAAUAAAAUCAGGAGCAUGUCGAGGUUAUUGGACUUGGUUAGGAAAUGUCCAUUUGUUCAGUGUCGCGGUCUUAAUUUUUGUGUUUGGAUGAUUUACACUCUGCCGAGUUGGUAAGGAACAAUUUGACCCUAGGUAGGAAUUAACACGGAAGAAAAGCUUAAGUUCAGGUUCACCUCUCUUGUUGUCGACUUCAAUCUAACACCACGAGUGUGGUGGACAGCGCCUACCUUGACACUUCUAGAACCUGUUUUGAAAAAGCUGUUAGUUCACAAGGUCUCGAAAUAACGUUCUAAUCCUUCAGGCUCUAACUUUCUCAUGAUUUAUAAAGUGUUGAGACUCUUCUUUAAAAUGUUAAGAAUUAAAUCUUGCUUAAAGCAAUUUUAGUAGCUGCUGUUUCUUUCUUCUAACCAUGAAAAUUGGGAUUGAUGUAGCCCACACUGUUGUUAGGUUAAUUCUGACAGUUUUAAACGAUGAUACUUUAGCCUGUUUAUAAAAACUUUCAAUCGAUGAUAAAGGCCAGAGGGGUGACUAACCAUAAAUGGUGAUGGUAUCAAUUUUGUUUUGAUUUCGAUCAUAAAAAAAUCUUAUGUAUUAUUGCUUUAAUCAACCCUGUAAACCCUUUUUGACUAGCGUCUAAUUUCACCUUCCAAUACCAUCCCUGAAUCACACAUUAAGGUAACGAGGAUAUAGGAAACUAACACCAACUAAAGAAGCUCUUGAUUGUUAAACAAAUUCUCCUUAUCAAUACCCUAGGGAAUGUAUAGAGAACAGUAAGGAGAAUAUGCGCACUGAUGUGAGGGUGUAAAGGGUUAAUCAUUAUAUUUCUUCUGUUUAGGUCACAUAGAAGGUGAGAGUGCAGGAAAUCCUGAGGAAACUCUUGUCAGCUCUGUAUCCAUCAGAGAAGAAGAGGUAACAUACAGAAUUUCUUUGGUUAAGAGAGAGAUGCGAAUUUUCAAGACCAAUUACCGAACGCAAUGAACUAAAGGCAGUGUUACACGGGAUAAAUUGAAACAAGAAUUCUUGCUAAAUUUGUUUCAGCUUUUGGUAGAAUAUUGAACGAUUCAACUUUUUGUGUAACAUCGCUAAAUAUGUAAUCAGCAACAUUUAUACUAUGCGCAACGGUAUGGCGCUAAAACAGUCGUUAUCAAUGUUCUCAUCUACUAAUCCCGUUUUCACACUAAAGCAAAUCAGCCUCACACCCACGUUUUACUUUAUUCUAGAUGAUCGAAUGCUUUUUCCAGUAGCAAAUGACUUCAAAGAAGUAUUUAGAGACGAUAAAGUUGUUAAGACAAAGCGUGAGCAAAGGCCAUUUUUUCAGUUGAAGUUUUUGUUACUCAGGCACCAGAUGUGGACUUAUCCAACAAUCCUUACGCUGAUGGAAUAUUUAAAUUUAAUGACCAGGCUUUGCUGGAUGAAAUAAACCUAGGAAACAAGGUGACAACGUAAUAUCUCGUAUUGCUUUUGCUCAAAUAAAAGCUGCCAUUUUUUCUAUAAGUAACAAAACGUUCAUUUGAAAGUUGGCAUUUUCUGAAAAGUGCUUACUGUGUUCACGUAGGAUUGAAUGUGACAAAGGGAAGAAUUAGUUACUUUCAAUGAAAUGUGUAAUCCGAGGUUUUACUGAAUGAAAUGAGUUUCGGACUCCAAGAACAGCUGGCAUUCGUACUGAAGACUCUUUCUGGCCAUUAUCCAGGUCCAAAUGUUGAAAAAACUUAUUCUUGUCGGUAUAUUAAACAAGAGGAGCUCCAUUCCUCACGAGUACACGCAUAUAAGUUGCGUUUCCGUGGUCUUACUCAACUCUGAAAGGAUUGUAAAUUAAUUUUGCCUUCUUCUGUUACCUUUGGAACCCCAAAAUCUCUGAUUUUGAGCGUGAUAACUAAGGGUCCCCUCUCACAGGACGGGGCCGUCACGGCCAGAAUCCGUUUUGUCAGGUCCUUGAACCAACUCGUUCCAUAUUGAGAUUCUUCUCAAACAACGAUGGUAAAAUUUGAGAUAAUAGACUUCGUACUGAGAUUUCUGUUGUUUACACUGACAAUGAUAUUGAAGUUUAAGUAGUGUGCGACAGAAUCAGCUAUAGACGCAGGAGUAGUUAUGGCUGCCAUUGUUAACAUCUAUUGUUUUUUUAGGAGUGCCAUGAACUGUUUCGAUUAUUAGCUGUCUGUCACACGGUUAUGGUGGAACGAGACAGUGGUACGUUUCAUGGAAAACUCUUUCUUUUUGUUUUUCUAAAUUACUUUCCAUAAUCAGGCCAUUCUCUCCAUUUGAUAUAUUUGUAGUCAGUCUCACAGGAUGGCGCCGUCUACAGUAUUUUUACUUAAUUUUUUGUUCUGGUAGGUAAUUUGGAAUAUCAAGCCCAGUCUCCCGACGAAGCGGCUCUUGUGACGGCUGCAAGAAACCUUGGAUUCACCUUUUUGGUAACAAACUGUUAGCUACUAAAUCAAAUGGCGGUAGGGAAAUUAUUCUGGCGGGGUUAUAGCCGGCGUAAGUGUCGUUUCUGUUUCUAAUGACCAAGCUAGGUGGGAGUCACGAGGGCAAAAGGAAAAGAAGGGAUGUGGCUGUGGAAGGAGUACCAAUAUUGUAGUGCUUUGUUUUAUUUUGAUUUGUUUGCUGCUUUUUUGCUCCUCCUGUCCUCGCACGAGGCCCUCUUAGCCAAAACGAAAGGAAACGACUGCCAGUAAGUUUGUAGAAUUUGAGGAAUUAUUUCCAGUUUAACCCUUUCACCCCCAAGAUCCCUUGAGUGAUUCUCCUUACUGUCUACCAUACAACUCUUAUGAAGUCAGUUCGGAGAAAUUGGCCUUGUUUUAAUUAACAAUCCUCUUAUGAUAUUUUUCUUUUUUCUUAUCACUUGCCUGCGUGAUAUUGUAUUGAUACUGUAAGGAAAAAUCUUGUCUUUGUCACUCAUGGGAGUGUAAGGGAUAAGGUAGCUUGUUUGCUCCCGUUGAUUUCAGCGAGAAAAGGUUGAUCAAAGUUUGGAAGAUAGAAAGUAUUUGGAGCAUUUGUAUCUUCAUCAAAUAUGACAUCAAUAAAAUUUAGAAUCCGAUCUUGACCAUAGCAAAUGAUAUCGGCUCUUGAGGUCAAACAAAUGGAAAGGUCUCAUACAGGAAAGUUCUCUGGAUGGUACAUGAUUUAAAUUGGAAUAUUUCUGAUAUGAAUUUGCCACUAGAUUGAUUACUCAAUCCACGAUGAAUUUGUCUUUCCCCAGGAACGUUCACCGACCACUAUUACGAUUGAUGUAUUAAGACAAGAGGUCAGUAGAAUAUCCUAUUUGAAUUUCUAGGAAGGUGCCUGAUUUUAUCUCCUAUUUUAGGCUUCUAAGUAUUUUUAAUUUUAAAUUGCAGGAGAUCUAUGAGUUACUUGCCAUUCUAGAUUUCAACAAUGAACGAAAACGAAUGUCGGUAAGUUUCUUUCAAAGACAUAGCUAUUUAUGUUGAAACAAAAUUACAUCAGAAGGAAAUCACGAGGCAUAAGCGCCUGAACAACACACAAGAACAAAACUGAGAACAACUUUUAAGUAAUUAAAAUUUGCAGACGUUGUAUCUUGUUGUGGUUUGGUGUAUUUUACAGCAUUAACUAAGUGAGUAUGAAUUUUGUCCAUUUUAUUUAGGUUAUUGUUCGACGAAACGACCAAAUAAAGCUCUACUGUAAAGGCGCUGGUUAGUAGUUGUUAACUGUGAUAUGCGACGUGCUAAUUCAUCUCUAAACCUGGUUUCUUGCUUCCCCUCGACGUUCUGUUCAUGCACGCUUGCAGAUAAAUUAUGGGAAAUAGGUUGGCAAAAUUACCAAAUCGUUUAAUAGGCCCGUAUUUUUGUGCUGUCGUCUCUUUCCUUUUCUGACCCCCCACACGUUCAACCAAAGUGGCCUAAAUCAGUCGGUUACAAUGGUCAGAUUUUAAGUUUAUGGUUUCGCUUUGUGGAGGAGGACUUGUUUUUUAAUCCAAUCCAGGUAUAAGUGUCAAACUUCUCGUUCGAGGAUAUAAUUUCAAGUUCUAGUGUACUUGACGUCAUGUAGUUCCUUUGACUAAGUUCACCAGCUUGUUACUUCUCUGAAACUGUUAUGUAUAAUUUAUAUACGUCCGUACUGUAGAAACUUACUACUUUAGAUCCUUUUAUGUUAGAAAUUGAACGGCCCCUUUUAAAACGAACAUUAGUUUAUAUUUAGACAGUUGUGUGCAAGGAGAAUAAAAUCUAGAUUUUACAAAUUGUUUGUCUUUCAGAUACCAUUGUGUACGAACUUCUAGACAAUUCCUGCAAACCUCUCAUGACGAAAACAAUGCAGCAUUUGAACGUAAGUGCAUAGUAUGCCCUGAUCAGAAAGCCACAUGUGUUUUGUGACCAAGUCAGUCUUUUUUAAACACCACCUAGCUCACUUCCUGCUUUUAUCCAGGUCUUUGCAGCGGAAGGUUUGCGUACGCUGGUAACAGCUUACAAAGACAUACCACUUGACGUGUACAAGGAGUGGGAGGUCCGGUACAAGGAGGCGAGGUAUGAUUGUUUUGUAUGGCUGUGGUCUUACUGUUUGCGUUUAUCAGAGGACACACCUAAGAUAGACAUCGACAAUGGAACAUAUCACUCGAUUUCUGUCGCUUAUUUUCAAUAACAGUGACACUUUCUAAAGAAAACACUCAUCAGGCAAACCUCGCCAGUGUCCGUUAAUAACAGGGUUAGUGUCUCUUCAACCUGUCUGUGCAACGCCCUUUCACUACCAAAAAAUCUAAACAGCAAUUCUCUUCAAUGUCUGUUAUUUAAUUCAUAUAACGUUAGUAUUGAGAAUUUGGUUCUAGAUCAGACAAUAUCCUCUGCUUUAUAUUUUCUUCUGUUUUCACCUUUCUUCUCCAAAAUGAAUUAAUAUUGUGGGAAGAAAUACCUUUUCGGUCACUCCUGGGAGUGAAAGAGCUAGCUUACAAAUUUUCCUUAUACCAUAGGUUUAUACUUGACAGGUACUGUCAACUCACCUCAAUACCAAAUGAUCUUUUCUUUCAUUUGUGAUCUUUUCUUUCAAGUAGUCAUGUCUGGCAUUGCGUUUUCUCUAACGUAAUAUAUCUUUCCUCCUUCAGUAUGGACAUGGAAAAUAGGGAUGAGCUUGUUCAAAAGGUGAGGAUACUUAAAUAGAUUGUGACUUAAGUUCCAGAAGAUUUCUUUGGCUUAGAUAUUUUUUUGUUAUAAACCAGGUCUAUGAGGACAUUGAGCAGAACUUAAUACUGAUUGGUGCAACGGCAAUUGAGGAUAAACUUCAAGAUGAUGUCCCGGAUACGAUCGCAACUCUAGCUGAGGUCUGUACGUUAAUUUAUUUAUUUAUUUAACAACUUUAUUGGGUACGUCUACAAGCUCAAAAUGAAUGCAUAUACAAGGAAAGAGACAAAAAAUGGAUAGACAUACGCCAAAAGGGUCAGUGCGAACGGGACAUGGAGUCCCAUGCGGGGCACUACCCUUAAUAAAAACGAAAAAAAAAAAAAAAAAAAAAAAAAAAAAAAAAAUGUUAAAAGUUAAGUGUUAAAAAUGUUUUGUGCCAGAAUUUAACACAAUGACACAGCCAGAGCUCGCACCCAAACCUCUUGUUGUGCAGUCCAACGUACUAACCACCACUUUCUUACUUCAGUCUUACUAGAUUGCCGAAUGUAUUGUUAUCUUUCACUUAUCAGUUCUGGCUAACAGCUUUUUCUCCCAUUUUCAAUAGGCAAAUAUUAAGAUUUGGGUUUUGACCGGUGAUAAAGUAGGUAAGUAUGAUGAUAUUGCUUUGCUAUGAUGGCUGCGUGCCUUUUCUUUGAGAGAUACCGUAUCAAGACUUUGACAGGUAUCUCAGAGACUGAACUCUUCUCUAUGCUAAUCAUUGACAGAUUCUCUGAACAACUUAAACAUUAGCAACAUUGGUACUCAGAUUAUACCGUUGUGUUUUACUCUGCGGAUAAGCGAUUUGCGUGUUAUCCGAUGACAAGUUUUUGCCGUUCAGGAUGAAAAUAGCCUUCUCUUAUCUAGUCCCUUGUAGUUUCAAAUUUGUUAAAUGGUAGUAGAUUUGUGCAGUGUUUCAUUUGCGGCAAUUAUUUCUUUGGGAGACUGUUUGUACGGAUUAAGGACGAUGCGCAAGAAUGAUACUUUUAAAAUUUCUAUGUUACAAGGCAGUUGUAUGAAAAUUUGAACCCAUUUUACUUUUUCUUGUUCAACAGAAACAGCCAUCAAUAUUGGGUACUCGUGUCAUCUGCUCACCGAUGAUAUGACCGAAGUGUUUACAAUCGAUGGAGAAUCUUUGGAGUCUGUUCAAAGGGCGAUUUUCGAAUGUAAAAACAAAAUUACGGGCGGAGCAGUGGUAGGAGCACCUAUCUCUAGAUUGCAAAGUAAAGAAAACAGCCUCAAGGAUGUAGAAGUUGAAGUGAUAUCGUACAAGGAUAACUAUAUGGGCGAGAAAUCAGCCACUGUACAGGUAGGAAAAGAGAACACAAUUAUGUCACUAUGCCCUUAGAAUGAGGAAAUAGUUUUAGUGGUGUGAUCUCAGUCACGGCCGGUCAACUCGCUCUGGCAUGUCAACCACCAACUUUUACUCCAUCUCCAGGGGCUGAACAAACGUCAUUUGUUUGCCUUUUUUCAGGUCAGCGGAUGCGAGCAUUAGGGGCGAGACAUGCGUAAGGGAAGGAGAGCAGGUUCUCGCCCCUUCACGAUUGCUUCGCGCUUACCUCCGGUUUAUGAAAGUUUUGCCUCAUAAAAUAGAAUUUUCCCCUUUCUUUCCCCCCACCCCAUAUCUCCACCAGUUCGCCAAAAUUCUUCGACAACUCGUUUCCUUACGGCAAAACAUGGGCGGCAAACAGGAAACAAUAAAAGCUAAGUUUUUCAUUUGUCUCACGAUGUAGUCGCAUGUGAUGUAGACCGCGACGUUUCGACUGCAUACUGCUAGUCUUCUUCAGGCGAUGAGGUCGACUGGUCAUGCGUGAUCUUAUAAAGCAUGAUGCUCUAUUCCAUUGAUGUUGUUAGGGGAAGUCUUAUGUAAAUUGCAUCUUUGACCCUGCGCGUGUAGUAAUAAGGGUCACGAUUAAUAAACUUUACUUCGUUCCAGAGUGGCUUGUGUCCGGUGUUGUGGGCAUGCUCUGAAACGGCGAAGGUCUCGGUACGGGCGAGUCGAAUGUCUCGAUCGUGCUCCUUAAUUCUGUAUUGCGUAGGUCUUUCAGUCUCUCCGAUGUAUACCUUGCCAAAUAGAAAUUCCAGAAGCGUGGAUGCCCACGAUCAAAAAACACAACAACAGGAGAGCCGUGCGACAGCGGACCGCCGAGGUAGCAAAACACUGAGUGAUCAGCAAGGAUCGAAAUGCACCAAUCGGAGCUGUUAAAAAACCACUAAUCACAGCAGAGCAUCAUGCUUUAUAAGAUCACGCAUGACCAGUCGACCUCAUCGCCUGAAGAAGACUAGCAGUAUGCAGUUGAAACGUCGCGAUCUACAUCACACGUGACUACAUCGUGAGACAAACGAAAAACUUAGCUUUUAUUGUUAUUCACCACGAUGAAUAACCACAACCUUUUCUACGAAGUAGGAAACAACCCCUAUUCUGCAGGCUGGGGUAAAGGUGAACUUCUAAGCUAAUCAACGUUGUAGCUAUUGCACAAACAAUAACGGAACAUUGUGCCCUUGAUUCUGGUGGGUUAUGACUGAAUCUUUGAUAGUUCUACAUCGUUUUUUGGAAGAAUUCUUAACCGAUAUGUUAGGGUUUGCUUAGGUUUAGGUCAGAAAGGGUGAACUAUUGAGGACAACAGAUCAAAAUUCCAUUCGAAAGGUGUAGGGAUUCUCCUCCAAUGGGAAAGAUUUAACACAACCCAGUUGAUAAGCCAAACUGUUUACGAAUGGAAAAAUUGGUAGGGAUUGAUAGAUUUAGCUGCUUUUCAUUCUUUUACGUUUUUAUUUUACGUUUACACUUUCAGACGCCCAAAAAGGAACAAACCUUUGGACUGGUUAUUCCUGGAAAAAGUUUAGUGAGUAAACCAGACUUAUUUUCCCUCUGAAAGACGCGUUACUCCUGAUAUAACUUUACGAUAUUUUCUUCAUACUGUACUUUUUCAGGCUUUUGCUCUUCAUGAAAGUUUAGAGAAAGAAUUCCUGGCCUUGGCGUGCCUUUGUAAAGCGGUUAUUUGUUGUAGAGUCACGCCACUUCAAAAGGUACAUACUUUGACCACGUUUCAGCUUAUUUUGUCGUCCUCUUCCGCCGGUAGUCUCAACUCAAACGUUUAUCUAGUAGCUACUUUCUGGAUAGUUGUGACAAAAAGAAGCAAAAUAGGCGAUUUUAAAAGUAAGCAUUCUAUGCUAUCCCUGUAGAAUUGGUUUUAAAUCAAUUUCCAGCCAAAAACCAGCCUUUACAACCAGUACCUGUUCGUCGUUUUUUCCCAGGAAAAUCGAAUUUUAAGUCGUAGACGGGUUCGUACCCCCUGCAAUACUUUGAGCGGGACGGCAUAAUAUUGACAUGUAAACGUGAUAUUACGCCAUUUGACCCUUUACACCCUAACAUCAAUAUAUAUAGUCUCUAUACUGUUCUCUAUACAUUUCCUAGGGUGCUGACACGGAGAGUUUCUCUAAAAAUCAAGAGCUCCACUGGGUGGUGAUGAUUUCAUAUAUUCUCGUUACCUUAAUGUUUGAUUAGAGGGUGCUAUUGUAGGGAGAAAUUAGACGCCAGUCACUCUUAGGGGUCAAAAGGUUAAUGAACUGUUUGGCGGAAAGGAGCCGCACGGGUACUACAGCGUUUCUCUCUUUUCAACCCUUAAAUUCCCAAGAUUGACCAAGACAGAAUUUCUUUUUACAGUACCAAUACAAAAUCAAGAAGGCAAGUGGUGAGAACAAGGAGAAAUAUCUGUUAGGAGAUGAUUGGUUGAUCCAAUGCCAAAUUCUCCGAACUUUCACCAUAAGAAUUGUAUGGCGAACAGUACGGAGAAUUAUUAAUGAGAUCUUUGACGUGAAAGGGUUAUUUACUCUUUGAAUUUAAAGGACAGAGCGACCAUGCUGCAAUUGUUUCUUGCAGGCCCUGGUUGUACAGUUAGUCAAAGACAAUCUUCAAGCUGUGACCUUAGCUAUUGGAGAUGGAGCCAAUGACGUUAGUAUGAUUAAAGGUACGGCUAUCUUGGAUUUGAUGAAGCACUUUACACGAUGGAUUACUUCGUUGGUAGGAGGAUAGCCAUCUUAAAACAGAAAGAUGAAUUCUUUGGACACAAUUAAUUCUCACUCAGUGCCUUUUCCUUUUUUCUGUGUUUCAUCGCAGCUGCUCAUAUAGGAGUUGGAAUAAGCGGUCAAGAAGGAAUGCAAGCCGUGCUGGCGAGUGACUUCUCCUUCGCGCAAUUUAAAUAUCCUUUACAUCUGAGGAAUAUUACUAUAAGGCCACGUUAUUCUUUUUUUUGUACGGAUUUGUGUUCGCGUGCUCGUCAUGUCCGCCAAUUACAAACACUUGUUUCUUAACUCCCGUGCGUAACUACAACCUCCUUCUCCUUCCAUAGGGUUGCUAAAUGGUAAUUUACGGUAAUAUAAGGUAAUGAUAGUUAUUAUUUUUCCUUAACUAUUUUCGUACGUAUCUUCAGCGACUUCUCUUAGUCCAUGGACGAUGGUCUUACUUUCGAAUGAGUAAAUUUUUAAACUAUUUUUUCUACAAGAAUUUUGCAUUUACGCUUUGUCAACUAUGGUAUGCUUUUUAUACUGGAUUUUCUGCUCAGGUAGGGUAAAUUUCAAUGAUAGUUGUUUUGUUUUUUAAGUAUAGCUGAUAUUUGUUUCCAGGUUGGUAGGCCAUGAUAUCACUAGAUUCCAUUCCUUUACCUGUCUCAGGCAGGGCACCACACCCGCAAAUUCUUUGUGAAACUUGAUGAAUUGCUGGGUUACCUGUGGUGAAUCAGGAUCUCAUCUUGGAAUAGUAGCAUUACACCCAGUCGUUUUAUGCUGAUAAAACCUGGUUCAGCUUUUUGUAAUGGGUUUGUCAGCCUGAUGAGACUUGCCGAUUCUACAAAUUGGCCAUUUCCGAGAUCUUAUUGGCCUAUCUUUCAAAAUUGGGCCUAAUGCAAAACUUAUCUUAGAAAUAUUAGUUUUUCGUUUGCAUGAUAACAAAAAGAUAUCCUUUACUAAGUCCACGCACUUGGCCUCGUUUUAAGACAGACGCUUUGGGCAUCCAGGACACUUAUGGCACAUUAUGGUCACAGUACAUCGGUCUUAUUGCUUAAGUUGGAAAAAGUUUGUCCAUCUGAAUUAAUCUGCGUAGUUUGAUAGGCAUUUAUCAGACUGACAAUGGAUUUAAACCCCUCCCCUCUUUUUUGUUGUUGUUUGUGUAUGGUGUUUGUUUGUGUUGGUGCAAAAUGUUAGUGUUACUUACUUCCAAAUCUUCAUGUUUUGUGCUUCUUUCAGACGCUGUAUGAUGCAUGGUUCAUCUCAUUUUAUAACGUGUUUUUUACCUCCGCGCCAGUCGUGUUUUUAGCGGUUCUUGAUCAGGUAGGGAUUCUUUUUAAAUUACUGUGGGAUGUCGUCAUUGAGAAGGACGAUGAUCCAAAUACCUCCAGAAAAUCCUGUAAGCCUUCUGUUGAACUAAAUUAAAGGCUCUCCCCCAGGAUUUCGUUCCAUAAGUUGUUAACCCUCUGAAUUGUCACUCAAGUCUUAUGUUCUGCGUGUCGCACCUUAUUCCAGUUGCACCUUCAACUUUUUUGUGAUUUGGGUACCACUGACCUUUUGUGCAACUCGGAGUUGUGCAAGAAAAUUUCCAACUUCCCUCUCCCUCUUGGAUUUGAACCUACUUUUGUCGUUAAUUUUGUGUUUAUAGACUAGCAACACGCUUCUCUCGCGUGACUCAAAUUUUACGUUUCCUUGCAGUAAGACUCGAGCCUUCUGUUAUCUUGGUAUGAGACUCCAGCUCUAAUUCUCUCUUAGCCUUUGCGUUCUCAUUUAAACUGGCUGCAAAAAAAAAUAUACCCUUAUGCAAGCGAAUGCUUCUCUGGAUAGAAUGCGUUAUAAACUGGAUUCGAAACCAACCAUCUAAACAGUUGAUUCCCGAUUAAAAUAGUUAUUAUUCUCAAACAGGACGUCUCAGAGAACGGCUGCUCCAAGUAUCCUCGAUUGUACGUUCCUGGCCAGACUAACCUACUGUUCAACAAAAAAAUCUUCUUUCUCAGCCUGUUGUACGGGGCCCUCACAUCGUUGGCAAUCUUCUUUUUGUCGUACGGUGCGUUCCAUGAUGAUAUAGCGAAUGAUGGCUUAGAGACGUCAUCUGUGUAUUUCUUCGGUACGGUGGUCGCCGCCGUACUGGUAGUGGUAGUCAAUAUUGAGGUGAGUGGAUAGGCGCUGAAAAUUCUUGUGACAACGUCAGCGAAGUGCUAAAUCCUCUCUGUAUUGAUGAACGUAUUCAAGGAGUGAGUAUAGGUUGGCCAAGGGAAGAUAGCCCUGAAAACUGAAGACCAUGAGGGGGUCUGCGACAAAACACGAAUUUAGGUGUUUUUUUUUUUUUUUUUUUUUUUUUGACUUGUUGCGGCGUUGUGCUGGUACCAUUAUGGGGCCACAUCAUAGGAAGAAAUAUUAACACCUCUUUUUGUCCCCGACAGAUCUCGUUUCUUACGCAGUACUGGACCUGGAUUAAUCAUUUUUUUAUCUGGGGAAGCAUCCUGUUUUAUUUCGCUUUCUACUUCGCCUUUUACGCCAAGUUCGUCUUCGACCUUUUCCCUCAGGGCCACUAUUAUGGUAUGCAGUUUGAGGUGUACGGUAAUCCGAAAUUCUGGUUUACCUUGUUCCUUGUUCUUGCUGUGACAAUAGCACCUCGUUUGUCGUACUACUUCCUUGAAAAUGAAUUGAAACCCACACUCAGCGACACUGUGAGGCGAAAAGAAGCACACAAAAGAAUGCGCUUUACUUCCCCACUGGUAGAAUAUGAGCCUCAGCUGGUUCGUAGGCGAAGCUCGAAACGUUCAAGUUACGCCUUCGCUCAUCAAGAAGGAUUUGGCAAAAUUGUUAUGUCACCGGCAACAUUUUUAAGGAAAAAACUACGUUCAACAACUCAGCCAGCCGGCGAAAGUAGUGUAGUUGCUAUGUAAUUCAAUAUAUAUCACUGCAUCGAUUCUCUUUUUAUUUUCUUAGUUAUUUUUGUAAUACAUCGUCAGACAUACGCCAAAGACUUAAUUGUGAAUUUUGAAUGUAAGAGCGAUCCAAGGAAAUUUGGCGGUUAAGGGAGCAAUUUUCUAUUUUUAUCCUUAACGUAAUAUAUGUGCCGUAGCAUCGCCCUCCUCUAUGAAAAAUGCUCUUACGAAACGUAGAUUAUACACAACGACUUAUUGAGUUUUUGUUAUGGUUAACACUUGCUCAUAGCUAAUUCUUGAAGCGAAGAAAACGCCUACAGUGCUUCAGAGUAGAGCAUCUUGUCUUCAUUCCAUGUCUACCGACCUACACUGAUUUACUCAACACUGUUAUUGGAAAGCAUUUUUUAAAUUUAACGUGUUAUCUUCUAGUUAGACCGAGAUGUAAUUGGUACUUUGAAAAUUUUUUACGAGAAUCAAGGUUAUAUAGAUGCGAAAAAGGCUAUGUAAUUUUAAUGCUAGUGAGUUUGAUUAAUUACAAUUACGUUUCAAGGCUACGCCUAAUUUAUUGCCCUGUCGGUUUUUCGAUGAAACAAAAAAUAUUUUUGAUUCAACUUGAGCGGGAGUAAAAUUGAAUGGGCAGUUCUUUUUCAGAUUUAUCUCUAUUUACCUCGUAAACGGCAAUUUUUAUUGUUUUUGAUGGCAUUACGACAUACAUUUUGCACGAAGGCCACACGAUGCAUAGUUUGGCAGAUUAUAUUGAGUCGUGCGGAGUUGUUUACUUCCUACUGUAUUUCGUCACAAAUGCCUAAGAGUUUACCAACUCUGCGUUUCAAAAUAUUUUUAAAAUCUCAGUUUCAUCUCACGUUAUUGUGCCGAAAACACGCAUGCCUUGGAGAAGCCUCCAGUGUGUGCAAUCACACUGGCCAGUGAUAAGCCAUUCCUGAGCAGGCUUAGCCGUCGUCCAUUUUAUUUUUAAUAUAGGCACUCAUCUCGAUCCUAGGGCUCUUCUCUGUUGUCCAUAACAUGCGCAAUAGAAAAAUGAGCUGGGUUCGAGAUGAGAGGAAUGGUUACUCUUAUAUGUUACUUGCGUAACUUACUAAGUUAAGAGAAAAACAGCCAUAAAGUAUAUGACGAGUGUCUUAACAGACAGUCGACUACUUAGUCCGUCAGUACAAGUUUAAAUUAAUGCAUUUUAGCUGAUGCGAAAAUUUUCCACAUUAUUUGGUUUUGAAGAAGAAAACCUUAUCCGUGUAAAAUUGUGAUUUUAGGACUUCUUUUUAGAUU